AUGUUCUGCCUUGCUGUGAUAAGUAAUAUACUCAAGCUUUGUUUUUCAAGUUGUGUUGGUGAUACUUGGGGAGCUGAUUUUAUAUAUAUAUAUAUCUGGGGCUUCCCUGGUAGCUCAGCCGAUAAAGAAUCUGCCUUCAAUGCAGGAGACCCUGGUUGGAUUUCUGGGUUGGGAAGGGAUAGGCUAACCAUUUCAGUAUUCUUGGGCUUCCCUGGUGGCUCAGAUGGUAAAAAAUCCGCCUGCAAUGUGGGAGACCUGGGUUCAGUCCUUGGGUUGGGAAGAUCCCCUGGUGGAGGGCAUGGCGACCCACUCUGGUAUUCUUGCCUGGAGAAUCCCCAUGGACAGAGGAGCCUGGCAGGUUACAGUCACAAAGAGUUGGACAUGACUGAGCAACUAAGCACAGCACAGCACAUCUAA